GUGAUUUUACUACAGACUCUGCAAAGGCCUGAGCUGAACUGCGGAAGACCCACGUCCAUGAAAGCAAAGCGAGGCCACCAAGCCACCAGCAUGUCCUCGUCUCUCCGAGUGAGCCCGUCCAUCCACGGCUACCACUUUGACACGGCCUCUCGGAAGAAAGCUGUGGGCAACAUCUUUGAAAACAUAGACCAAGAAUCUCUGCAGAGACUCUUCAGAAACUCUGGAGACAGGAAAGCAGAGGAGCGGGCCAAGAUCAUUUUUGCCAUGGACCAGGAUUUGGAGGAGAAAACACGAGCCCUGAUGGCCCUGAAGAAGAGGACGAAAGACAAACUUCUCCAGUUUCUCAAACUGAGGAAAUAUUCCAUCAAGGUGCACUGAGCAGGCAGGAGGGACAAGGACCUUAUCCACCAACAGACCUUUAGAGACCCAGUGAGUCUGGGAGCCCUGGCAGAGACAGCGUCCUGCGCAUGGCUUGCAAGUGUCCUCCAUCAGGACAAGAAUGGGACAGAGCAAAUCAGUACAAAGACUCGCUCACUUCAGCCCUGAGCCUUUGCAGUGGAGAGCAAACUGCCUUCAGCAGGUCUCUGAGGACUCUCCACCACAUCCGGCAGAAGAGGCCGACAGAGGCAGUGAGACGGGAAGACGGCAGGUCCUGGGGAGCGUGUGCACCCAGGGCCACCUGCCAGGCCCUAGACAAACUCAAACCGAACUUGGGUGUUUUGGGUUUUUUUUUUUUUCCUUCUUUUUCUUUGUUAAAACUGUCAAGCUGGGGAGGGAGAGGGAGGAGGGAGAAAACAGACAGAACAUCAAGCAUAAAUUGUUUACUGAAUUUUUUAUCUGAAUGUUUAAAAUGUUGUUAAACCUCAGUGCUGUCUAGAUUUUUUAGUGAUCAGUAAUUGACUAUUUAUUUGCAUUUAUUAAAAUGCCUAAGAAAGUGCCUCACAUGGUGUUAAGUGACAAGUAAAGGGACUGAGACUCCUUGCACAGCUCAGUAAAACUUAGGUCACCUUCUGGUUUGUUUCCAAAGGAUUUUUGCAUGUUUCAAUCAGGUUUGCACAAAGCUAAAGUAAUGGGAUCUUCCAUAAAGUACUGUGAAAAAUUUUUAUGUUUUUUUUAAACUUUCUGACUAAUGCUAAAAUAGAAUCUAAUUAAGUCUUUCACAGCUACCACAGUGAGCAUUAGGGAACAGACACGAUACACUACAUACUUUAUAAGCUAUGGUUUCUAUAAUUUAUUAUACAUGGCAAGUGAUUCAUAACCACAAUAAAUUAUUGUAAACGUGGUUUUUCUUGGUUUGUGAUGAUCGGUCUCAAAGGAAAAAAAGAAGGCUACAAAUUUUGAUUUUUAUCAAGUUUUCUACAGAGUUGACCCUAAAAAGGAGCAUUUGGAGUAACUUUGUGCUUAUCAUCAAACUUUUCUAAAACAAAUUCUUACACAAAGUAUCUGAGAUAGUCCCUUGUUCCAAUAUUACCUUUAUGGCGUGGACGUAGCUAUUUGCAGGGUGACCACCGGCAUUGCUUCCCUAUGUCCUUUAAGGGUGGGUUUCAAAAGGCUUUCUCUUCAUGUUUUUGAAGUUUUCCCUCUGUCACCACAGCAGACAUGUACGUGUAUUCUUUCUUUUCUUCCUGAAUAGUACAUUUUGGGAUUAGAGUGCCUUAUGGGCAAAAUUCUGUAAGUUAUGAGUACU